CCUGCGAGGCUUUAGACUCAUUGUCUGGUUGUGCUAUUGUUUUUUUUUAACAUUAGAGGGCAGUUAAAUCACAAAAGUGUCAGAGUAUUAAUUUGCACUUUCAUAUUCAAAGUGAGCACUGAGUGUGGUGGUGUUACUGAACUUGAAUUAAUCAAGUAAAGUCAGUAAAACUCCAAAAUAACCAAAAAACAAAUAACUUCAGCUCAACGCUAUUUAGAUUCCCAAAUAUAUCUAGAUUUCUUCAAUAUGUUCACACACUCUUGGGGGCCCCCUAGUGAUCAGGAGGCCCCCAAGCAGCCGCUAAGCUCACUUAUGCCUUUACAUACAUGACAGGUUAUGCUCACCCUGACAUUAUUAUUUGAAGUUUCUAAACCAACACUUAAAAAGAAUCAUAAUAAAUGAGUGUACUUCAGUUUUGAGACUUCACCCAGCUCAGUAAUCUAGAGACAGACCGAUUACCUUUGCCGUUUUUUAAAUAAUUUGCAUUGGCAUACUAUUUAUUAAGUAGUUGGUCAUUUAUACAUACAUUACACGCAUUUGUCACAGAAAUUUAAUCCUCCUCCUUUGGCUCCACUUGAAUCAUCUGUCUCCAUCUUGCCCUGUCCCCUGUGUCCUCUUAUGUUAUGCCAACUGUCCUCAUGUCCUACUUCACAACAUCUGGGAACCUCCUCAAAUGCUACUAAAUUACAAGAGCAUAAGUCUUGUUCAAUUCUUAUGUGUAUCUUUUGUUGUGACGAAAUGGGAAGAAAUGUGAAUUGGCCAAAACAAAUGACCAUAGUUAACCUUUACUUUGAAGGCGAGGCUGUAAAUCACAAACAAUGAUGGGAUUAUUUGGACUGUCAUUGUGUUUGAUGUGACUCACAGUUGGUAGGGAUGACAAUGUUUUGCAUCUUAAUUUUCAUUUCCAUAAUUUGACAUUUGUUGUCUGUCAACAAACAAGAAUUAAUUUUUGCCUGAAAAGUAAGAUGCAGUUUCCCUCAUGCAUUUUAAUCUUUUUAAAUAAUACAAAGUGACUCAAUACCAUUUUUGUGUCUGUGUGUCUGAUACCGAUAUCACAUCCUACAUAUGAUACCGAUACAAUUGUUGAAUUAUGUCUUUGAAAUGACUCGGCACAAAUUUGUUGUUAACCCAUUCCUAUUCCUAUUACUAUGUUAAAAUGUAUACAGGCUAUAAACAUUUGCAAUAUAGAGUGUCUUACAUCCUCUUUUAUGAGCAAAAAGUACUAAAAUCUUUUAAAAUCUGUUUGAAUUUGGAAAUGCGUCACAUACAAAGUUGGCUUGGCUCGUUUUUAUGAACAAAAAUAAAAUAAAAACGGUCUAUUUUGUCAUUUUUGAGCUACUCCCGCUUUAAAAAAACAAUAUACUAUAUAAAAUGAUUCAUAACUGACCCAACACAUAAGAACACAUAAGAGCCUGAAGAUGUAACACCACAGGAUGUCCAUAUAAGGAGUUGUGAAUUAUUCCUAUGCUGUGUGAGCACUAAGGGUUAAUAGCUUCAUAGCUCAUACAUGGUCUAAAAUGACUGUAUCAAGCUAUUAUCGGUAUAGAUACUCGAGUUUCUCAUAUCGGUAUCGAUAUCGCACACAAAAAAGAGGUUUCGUCCAUCCCUAACUAUUACACAAGGAGUCUCCUGAAUCUGGAGCUGUUGUUGUUCUCUGUGGUUCAUUAUGUGGGUUUUUUCCCCACAGCUGUGUUACAAACAUCUCCAGCAGGCCCAGUGAAUGUGGGACUGGUUAUGGUUAUGUAACCCACCAGCAUACUGAUUAUUAUCCAAGUCAAGUGACAUGUUUUGUCCAGAGGGGGGCGCAGUGCACUCCCCCAACCCUUCAUUUGAAUGGAGAAAUUAAAGAGGAAGUUUACCUAAACCCUUUAAGCACAGCGGGGCAGAGCAGGGACUCACACACAGCAGAUAACAACAGAUAAGUGGGAGCAUCUUAAUUUCAGGUGAUUCCAGCUGCAGAAGUGACUGCAUGUGCUCCAACUUCUCCGCACUCAGGGUUUUUUACUUGCAUGCUGCACAGUGAGAGUGAGAGUGUGAGUGUGUGUGUGUGUGAGAGAGAGACAUAAAAUUUACAGUGUUGCCUGCACACUAGGCAUUUUUGUGAGGCUCCUCGUGUGACUAACACCCCCUCCAUCAUCAUCAUCAUCAUCAUCACCACCACCACCACCACACCGCGCGUCUUCCUUCUUGGCGCUCUGAGGUGAUCAUCAGCCGCAGCAAACUGUGACAUCCAUCCUCAGAGUGUGCUCAGGCUGGCCGGCUGCUGCACAGGCACCAUGGAGCAGAAAUCACCCAAGGAUGAGGGCAACACCUCCAAGGGACAGGAGUCCUACCAGCGGAGGAUGUGGAAAAAUUUCCAGGAGAGAACCAAGCCGUGGCUCAGUCCUAAACUGGGGUCGGAGCGUCGCGGCACCGGGGGCGCGGAGGGCAGCAAGAAGGAGUCGGGACUGUGGAUGUUUAAAAGGAAAAAGAAACAGUUGGAUCGAGUGUUCUCGUCGUCGCAGCCCAAUCUCUCCACGCCGGCCCGCUUCGACGGGAGCAAGAAGUCCAGUGGAGGCGAUGCGGUCCCCGGCACCAGCGUGGACGGACGGCCGCUGCUCCAUCCGCUCGGCGCAGCCUCUGGAGCCACGGGGAGCAAGCCCGAGCUGACGGCGCACGGAAGCCCCAAACUGUCCCAGCUCAUCACGUACCAGCACAAGAGCUCCUCUCUGGGCUCGGCGUGCUUCGAGAAGCUGGUGGUGGUGGACGCGGCCGCGGUGAGGGCUGAGGAUGAGGAGGAGCUGCGUAAAAACACGAGUGAUUCUGGCAUCAGCAUAGUGGGUCCCAGUAAUGCAGAUCCCCCACCUCGUCCUCCAAGUCCAGCCAUGUACCAGCUGGACAUCGUCCUAAAGAAAGGGAACAACCUGGCCAUCCGAGAUCGGACAGGGACCAGUGACCCUUAUGUGAAGUUUAAGAUUGCAGGGAAGGAGGUGUUUAGAAGUAAGACCAUCCACAAGAACCUGAACCCGGUGUGGGACGAGCGAGUCACCCUACACGUGGAAACCCUGAAGGACCCUCUCUAUGUGAAGGUUUUUGACUAUGACUUUGGACUUCAGGAUGAUUUCAUGGGCUCUGCGUAUCUCUACCUGGAAUCACUGGAACAUCACAGGACACUGGACGUGACGCUGGACCUGAAGGACCCGCAGUAUCCUGAACACAACCUGGGCACCCUGGACCUAGGUGUGACUCUGACACCGAAGGAGGGAGACUUCAGGGAUGCUACCAUGCUUUUGAGAAGGAACUGGAAGCGAUCUAGUAAGUAUCAGAGUAUGCGUCUGUCAGAUGUGCACAGAAAAGCCCAGCUGUGGCGAGGCAUAGUCAGCAUCAGUCUGAUCGAAGGUCGCGGCCUGCAGCCCAUGGACGCCAACGGCCUCAGUGACCCUUACGUCAAAUUCAGGAUGGGGCACCAGAAGUACAAAAGCAAGACAAUGCCCAAAACACUGAACCCACAGUGGAGGGAGCAGUUUGAUUUCCAUCUCUAUGAAGAGCAGGGAGGCUUCGUGGACAUCACCGUCUGGGACAAAGACGCGGGCAAGAAGGAUGACUUCAUGGGAAGGUGUACCGUCGACCUGUCGCUCCUCAGUAAAGAACACACACACAAGCUGGACAUGCCGUUGGAGGAAUCGGAGGGCGUGCUGGUGCUGCUGGUUACGCUCACCGCGUCUGCCGCUGUCUCCAUCUCGGACCUGUCCAUCCACAUGUUGGACGACCCUCACGAGAGACACCAGAUCAUGCAGAGAUAUAGCCUGUGGAGGUCGUUCCACAACCUGAAAGACGUCGGUGUGGUGCAGGUGAAGGUCAUCAAGGCUGAGGGACUGAUGGCAGCGGAUGUCACAGGAAAGAGCGACCCGUUCUGUGUGGUGGAGCUGAGUAACGAUCGGCUGCAAACGCACACUGUCUACAAAAACCUCAACCCAGAAUGGAACAAGGUCUUCACUUUUAACGUGAAGGACAUCCACUCGGUUCUCGAGGUCACUGUUUACGACGAGGACCGAGACAGAAGUGCAGAUUUCCUGGGAAAAGUGGCUAUUCCUCUACUAAACAUCCAAAAUGGAGAACGCAAAGCCUACGCCUUGAAAAGCAAGGAGCUGACAGGGCCAACAAAGGGGGUCAUCUUUCUCGAAAUAGACGUGAUUUUUAACGCUGUGAAGGCCGGUCUCAGGACGUUGAAUCCCGUCGAGCAGAAGUACAUCGAGGAGGAGCCCAAGGUGUCCAAACAGCUGCUGUUGCGUAACUUUAACAGAGUCCGGCGCUGCAUCAUGUUCCUCAUCAACACUGGCUGCUACAUCAACAGCUGCUUCGAAUGGGACUCUCCACAGAGGAGCAUCUGUGCUUUUGUGCUCUUUGUCAUCUUCGUGUGGAACUUCGAACUCUAUAUGAUCCCCCUGGCUCUGCUGCUGCCUUUGGUCUGGAACUACAUCCUCAUCGCGUCGGGGAAGGACACGCGGCAAGACGUGCAAGCGGUGGAGGACCUGCUGGAGGACGAGGAUGAGGAUUUUGACAAAGAUGACAAGGACCGUAAACCAGGCCCGUGGGAGGACAGCUGUGAUAAAAACCAUAUCCUCGAGGAUAUGUUGGCUUCCUGGCACUUUGAGUGGAUACGGACCAUGGUGGACUCGGAGAGAAAGGGCUUCAUGAACAAGCUUUACGCCAUUCAGGACGUGUGCAUCAGCGUGCAGAAUGCACUGGAUGAAGUGGCCUCCUAUGGCGAGAGGAUAAAGAACACAUUUAACUGGACUGUGCCUUUCUUAAGUUGGCUGGCCAUCGUGGCUCUCGGGGUGGCCACCAUCGCCAUCUACUUCAUCCCGCUGCGAUACAUUGUGUUGGCCUGGGGCGUGAAUAAAUUCACCAAGAAGCUGCGAGACCCUUACACCAUAGACAACAACGAGCUGCUAGACUUCCUGUCCAGAGUCCCGUCAGAUGUACAAGUGGUGCAGUACCAAGAGCUGAAACUGGAUCCCAGUCCCAGUCCAAAUAAAAGGAAGAAAAACAACCCCGGGUAGAUGACUUUGUCCGCCCACCGACUCCUCUCUUCUCCACUUUUCUUCUCUCCGUCUAUUACUGGACAACCGAGGAGCAGGAGCAGGAAGGCGGCGGCUCUGGACCAGCUCCACGCAACUGUCCUUCCUUUUGUUAUUUCCUGUUUUCCUCCACCUCACCCUGUCUGUAAUAACUCACGGUGUACAGUCGAGUUUCCUGCUGUGUAACUUUUGUACAAGAACGCGACGUAGCAGUCCCCUGAGUUACGAUCGCCCGCGACGCUUUUGAUUGAUUUUUAAAGGCGAGCGGGGAGCGAUGGCCGUAGUGACCUUUUCAUCCCCUCGUUUCCUCUCUCCAUCACUCUGACAGCUCGGUGAACUCUUUGUCUGUUCAAGUGUCACACGAUGAGUUUGAACAUGUGUACUUAAAGACACGUCCAUGUCCAUCCAAGUACAAGCCUUAUUAUACCAGUAUGUCACAUGAUUACCCCACAAACAACCUCCUCAGACCGAAGUUAUCAAAUGAUUUUGGUAGCGUGUUUAUAUUUUGUAAUUGUUUUUGUAUUGAAGUAUCGUUUGUUUUCCUCCCCUCUUGGAUGUAGUAAUGAUGUUAUGUUCACUGGCAGUAAUUUGGAUGGCCCACACUUAACUCAGCCUGCCAAGUUGAUUAGCAAUUAUGGUGGUAGCCUCCAGAUACGUCCUUUUAAUCAAACAAACAAACAAACAAACAAACUGGACCUACAAGCUGACGACUUGUGCUGGUAUCUCACUGCGUUUAAUCAAUAGCCAGAUUAUCUUUUGUUUUUUUUUAAAUAAAUGGGCAAUCUGUGAUUUUAUUUAUUUAUUUUUUUUUAAUGACAUCUGUGCAUUGUGUUGCCGAGAUCCAAAUGUACAGAAGUAAGCAUUUAAGCAGCCAAACCUGACUGUUAGAGAGUCACUGUAUCUCCCUGUCUGCCUUUAGUCCAACAGGAGAGGAUGAAGAAGUAGCUCCUGUGAGUCUGUUGGGUCUGCGACAGUCUUCCACUCUUUCCUCAAACUUGGAUAUUGAAGCUGCUGCUGCUGCUGCUACAGCUGCAGCUGCUCGGUUUCCUCGCUGCCUCCCGGUCCUCGACCUCCUGCACCGGCACAUGCUCUCGUCUCAUUGACUGCACAUGCAAACAACCUUGCAAUGUGAACCUGCGUUGAGUGAACUGAAGUUAAGUUAGUUUAGGAAAACAGAAGUGCGUAACUUUUAAAUACAAAUGUCUGUUAUAGUCACACAUUCAUUCACCUCUGUCAGCUCCACGCGAUUCUCUAUGUGUUUGAUUGUUUUUGGUCGUAAAGCGGAGUGAAUUCUUCUACUAGUUUUGACGAUGUAAAUGUGUCCCCGCCCGCCCCUGCACUGCUGGUGUACACACACAAACGCUCCCUCAGUCAGGUUUGAUUGUGAUGUUUGACGGCCUCUUCUCAGAUUGUUUCUGUUCACAAACAAGUCAAAACAGAGGCAGGAUCAUAAUCGCCACAAGUUACGCACUGUAGCUUUAAAGUGAAAAACAAAGCAGACCAACUACUUAGAAGGUAUUUCUUAAAAUAGAUGAAUUACUGAAUCCUUAAAUGGUUCUCAAAGGAAAACAGACACUUGGCGCUGGACCCUAAACACCACAGUUGUCCUGUGAGUCGUCCUCUGUACCUAAUAAAGUGGCCGGUGAGCGUAGCGUAUCGCUAGUGAAUUCGCCGAUAACUUAACCGCUUAAUAACACGUCAAAACCAGCAGUUCAGUUCAGAGUUCCAUGUUCUCACCAUGUUCUCAGUCUGUCAGGAGGCUGUUGCUCCGUUAAUAUAGACGUCACCCGGUCUAUGCAGAGUGUCGGCAGGCAGACGGGCCUUUAGGCAGCCGCAGCCCCUAAUCUGGUUUGAAAGGCUGGUCUACCUCCCUCUCAAGUCCCCGUGUGUGUGUGUGUGUGUGUCUGGGCAGCCACACACACACACACACACACACACAUACACCCAGAAGCAUGAACACACGCAGCUACAGCACACACUAACAUGCUGUGUGUGAUGCUCUGUGUGUGAUGCUGUGCCCCAGGCUGGCUGCCCUCUCCAUCUGCCCCACCUCCUGUGCCCACAGCUCAACUUUGAUCUGCCGCUACACACACAGACACACACACACACAGAGGCAGAGGCUCGUACUGUAACGUGUGAACUGUGCAUAAGCGUUUGCGUGUACAUGUUUAUGUCAUCAAAGACGUGUUGCUUUUCUCAGUGUCGGUGUGUGUCGCAGUAGUUUGUCCCCUCCAGCUGUAGAUUGAUGUGUAGAUUCAGUCGUGUGUGUGUGUGUGUGUGUGUGUGUGUGGCAGAAGUGCCAGCUGUUAGUCAGUGUGCUGGUGGAAAGUGCCGUCAGCGAGAUGAGCAGCAAGUCGUUGUGUGACAAGAUGAGGCUCUGAGGGGACUUAGGCCUGAGAUGUCAGGGAUGAGGGUGUGUGUGUGUGCUAUUUCAGAUCCUUCUUCCCAUCAUGCAUCUCUGCGUCUGCUCUCACCGCGGUUCCCUCGUUCGUCAGUGAGCGAGGUUGCGACCCUGUCUGAAGGGAACGGUCUCCUGGGCUUCUCGUUGAGCAUCUGUUGAAAGAUCACAGCUCAUGCUACAUUUGAGGAGGUCUCCUCUCAUCCCACUGAUCCCUCCACCCUUCUCAUCUUCUCCUUCCCUUUUACCCCCCAUUUUUUUCUUCUUUUUUUUGUGUCCCUCAACCCGUUUUGUCUCCCUGUCCGUCUUUAUCACUCUGAAACCCCCUUAGCAGCGACUCCGGCUCUCUCUCUCUCUCUCUCUGCCAUUUUGUCAUCCUCGUGCCCCGGCCUGUCUGCUCGCCGUCACCUCUCCCGCUCGCUGGCUCCCUCCUCACCCAUCCAUCUCCAUGCUUAAAUAUCAACAGGCUUGGAUCUGUCACUCCAGAGAGCCAUUGAUUUUGUUUUGUUGUGUUGAGGAAUCCACUUGAUAGACAAUAACAGACUGUCCCCCCCCCCCCCCCCCCAGAGCGGCGUCGCAGACUGAUUAUAGCUUCCUCAACAAACACACUCGGUGGUUCUUGAAGGAUGUCUUUUUAUAAUGCCUGAAGGGACCGUGUGAAUACGUGAUAUGUAUGCGUCUCCUACUGUAUGUAGUUAUUUUACAGCAAAUUGUUGUGACUAUUGUGUGGUACUGCAUCCAAAUGCUGUUUAUUUUUGGGUCAUUUAUUAUUUGGUUUGCAACUAAAACCAAAGUGUUUUUUCUUCUUGUUUUAUUUGUUUGUUGAGUAAAAAAAACACAAAGAAUGUAAGAGAUUGACAGCUGCAAAGGGUUAAAAACAACAACAACAACAACAAAAAAACAGCACUUUUAUUUGCACCACAUUGAAAUGAGACUAUUUUUUAAAUGAUAACUGUACAUAGCUAAUGACUAUAAUAAUUUAUGGUUGUGUUUUAUACUGUAUGCCUGUUGAUGGUCUGGUGAUAAUGUUGUAAAGUAGGUGUAUGCCUGCCUCAUUUUCUAAAAAUCUGUCUCAAAUCUUUAUGUUUUCUUCUUCUGCCUGCAAAUGUUGCCUGCCUGUGACAUAUUUUUUAUGUAUGUGACCAAUGACAUUUCAGGAGAGGAAAUACUGUAGGAGGUGAGACGUGUAUCGGUCAGAGAAAGAGAGGUUGAAAUGUAUAUUUCUAAUUUGACAGAUGAAAUGCAUCUGAUGUAUGUUGCUUAUUUUGAAAUGAAAAAGAGAAAAAAAACAAACCAAAACAAGAUUAAAUAUUUUUUAUCAUC